GGGAGCGAGAGAGAAAGAGAGAGAGAGAGUGUGUGGGAGAGACUGAGAGAUGGACAGAUGACUCAAAAAGGAGAUGAAAAGGAGAAAAAUGCUCACCGCGACCGUACACAUCAAACAGCGGGAGAAUAUUCUGGAUUUUUCUUAUUUUGUCCUCUUUGUUCCAUCCAAACGUUGUUGGUGUGACAAACAGGGAGGGGGGCGUGACUGGCAUCAUUAAAACCUCUGAUACCCCCACAAGCACGCGCACACUCAGACACGCGUGAACACACGGAGGGAGAUGUUUACAGCUUUGACCGUUUGGACUCCACUGAGCGGAAUAAGGCGAGCGCAGCGUUCACGCGGCUUCAGACUCUGACGGACUGAGUCAUUUUCAUUUUUAGUCAUUUUCAUUCUCGUUCGGCUUCAAAGUUGGAAUCUGGGACUGAAUCGUGACAGCAUGGAUUUGUUCGGCGCGCGUCGCCUUCUCGGGAUCCGGUGCUGCUGGAAGGUUUCCGUUCUGCUCAGCGUUUUCUUUCACAGCUGCCCGAGCUCCUUGUUGGACUGUCCCCCCACCUGCACCUGCUCUCCCACUGAAAUCUUCUGCAGUAAGUCCGACAACAGCCAGUUCUUCCCGCUGCUGUCCUUCCAAGGCACCGGGAAUGCUGGGAAUAAUACCGGGAGCAUCGAGGAUCUUUUCCAGAACAUCACCUCCAUACACAUCGAGAAUUGGACUGGUCUGCAGACCUUGAGGGAUUUUGAUAUGGAGCUCUACACCGGCUUACAGAGGCUAACCAUUAUGAGGAGCAACCUACAUACGAUCCAGGCUCGCGUUUUCUCCAAGAACCCACACCUGCGCUAUAUAAACCUGUCCAAGAACCCCAUGUUGACCACAUUGUCCUGGCAGAUCUUUGAACAUCUGCCGCUUUUGGAACUGCAUUUGGAGGAUGUGGUGUUCACCUGCGGCUGUGAGAUUCGCUGGCUGCAGCUAUGGCAACAGAGAGGAGAGGCAGGUCUUAGCAGCCAGCAGUUAUACUGUGCUGACAGCUACAGGAGAAUAUUGCUUCAAGAUAUGAACAUCAGCAGUUGUGACCUACCAGAUAUCAGCGUCAGCCACAGCAACCUCACAGUUGUCGAAGGUGAUCAAGUAACGGCAAUCUGUAAUGGCUCUGGUUCACCAUUACCUGAAGUGGAUUGGCCUGUCACUGGCUUGCACUCCAUCAAUGCACAAGAGGCUAGAGUCUACGACAAUACUAUUCACUCCAUCAACAUAACCUUGGUCAAUGUAAGCAGAGACGACAACAACUUCCUAUUAGUAUGCACUGCCACCAACAUAGUGGGCAUGACCAACGCUUCAGUUCAGCUAACUGUUCACUUUCCUCCCACCAUUAUUAGGCUGAAGGAGCCAGAACGCCGCCAUGACACGUGCAUUGAGUUUACCGUUCGUGGUUCACCCCACCCAGUCUUACGAUGGUUCUAUCAAGAUAAGGAAAUUUCCCACACUGAGUAUGUGCGUCCUGACAUGGAUAUUUACCUGGACUACAUAGAGGGAUGCCUAACCUUUAAAAACCCAACACACCACAAUAAUGGCAAUUAUACUCUGGAGGCCAGAAACUACCUGGGCAUAGCCACCAGUACUGUGUAUGGGCACUUCUUGGAAAAGCCUUUUGAUGAUUACGAUUAUGGACCCACAGAAAAAGUAAUUCCAACUGCAGAGACUCACAUACCGGAGGAAGAUACUUUUGGGGUAUCCAUAGCAGUGGGCCUGGCAGGGUUUGCCCUAAGUUUGAUGCUGGUGGUUCUCUUUCUUCUCAUCAACAAGUAUGGUGGACGAUCCAAGUUUGGCAUGAAAGGUCCGGUGGCAGUGAUAAGUGGUGAGGAAGACUCUGCCAGUCCCCUUCAUCAUGUUAACCAUGGGAUCAUUAGCCCCUGUACACUGGAUGCUGGACCAGCUGCAGUGGUGAUUGGAAUGACUAGAAUUCCUGUUAUAGAGAACCCACAGUACUUCAGACAUGGCCACAACUGCAACAAACCUACCACCUAUGUUCAGCAUAUUAAACGACGGGACAUAAUUCUGAAAAGAGAGCUUGGUGAGGGAGCCUUCGGUAAGGUGUUCCUGGCUGAGUGUUACAACCUGAGUCCCACUAAGGACAAGAUGCUGGUAGCUGUAAAGACGCUGAAGGAUCCCACACUUGCAGCCAGAAAGGAUUUCCAGCGUGAGGCUGAGCUCCUCACUAACCUUCAACACGAGCACAUAGUGAAGUUCUACGGAGUGUGUGUGGAUGGAGACCCUCUCAUCAUGGUCUUUGAGUACAUGAAGCACGGAGAUCUCAAUAAGUUUCUCAGAGCCCAUGGGCCAGAUGCCAUGAUCCUAGUGGAUGGACAGCCUUUGCAGACGAGUGGUGAACUCGGUCUGUCCCAGAUGCUUCAUAUAGCCAGCCAAAUUGCAGCUGGGAUGAUCUACUUGGCAUCUCAACACUUUGUGCAUCGUGACCUGGCAACCAGGAACUGCUUGGUGGGGAAUGGUCUUCUGGUCAAAAUAGGAGAUUUUGGCAUGUCCAGAGACAUUUACAGCACAGAUUAUUACAGGGUGGGAGGUCACACCAUGCUGCCUAUCCGCUGGAUGCCCCCAGAGAGCAUCAUGUACAGAAAAUUCACCACAGAAAGUGAUGUGUGGAGCUUUGGCGUUAUUCUGUGGGAGAUCUUCACUUAUGGAAAACAGCCAUGGUUCCAGCUCGCCAAUAAUGAGGUGAUAGAGUGUAUUACUCAAGGUAGAGUACUGGAGCGCCCAAGGCUCUGUCCUAAGGAAAUCUACGAUAUUAUGCUUGGCUGCUGGCAGAGGGAACCGCAACAACGUCUCAACAUUAAGGACAUCCAGAAGAUGCUGUUUACUUUGAUGAAAGCCACACCAGUUUAUCUGGACAUACUGGGAUAAUAGCCACAAGGAGACACUAAUGGAAUAUAUUCAAAGCACUGAAUUGCCCCCGAACAGAAGUGAUCUGUUUGCAUACUCUGUGGAUUAGGGGCUGAAAAUACCCUGUUUUCAUCUGCCAGAUAUUUGAGGACUGCAACUAACACAUUGUAUAUUAUGUUUAUUUAACUGGACCAAAAUGAUCUGAAUUGCAUCAGUACCUAAUAAUCUGGAACCUGCAAAUUCUAUACCCAUUUUGUUUUUUCAAAUGGAAUUGUAACUAAAAAGACUUAAGUAUAAAGUAUAUAUUGCAACAAUGUGGAGUGAUUAUGCUGAUGUGGUAUAGUUAAGGUGUCACAUCAUAAUAAUGUGGGUUUCACCCUGUUUUGAUCAUAGCAGCACUAGUUCUAAUCAACUGUUAAUAAACCCUGACCUGGACUGGUAGUUUACUGGUAGUAAUCCUGCCCAGGAUUACAUUGAUCUCAGUUGGUUUCACAAACCUUAAGUAACCUUCUAGUCUUCCUUUGGCUUAUCUUUGCCAGGUCUUCAUUUGUGAAAUGUGAAAAGUCAGAAGGAUUAAUUUAUUCUCUUUUUAAUUAUUUAAAUUUUUAUCUGUGCCCAAUCUUUCUCAUACCUUGGGUUGCAAUGGUAGCCAUCUUUAAUCUAAAGUAAUGAUGAUGACUAUAAAGUUUCAAAGUACUAACAUUUCUGUUUUCUGUUUUUAACUUUUGGCUACCCCAGAAACCAAUGGCAGAGCCAAAAUAUUUUCAGGGGUGGCCAGGCUGAAAGGCUGAGGUUGAGCACAGAAAAUUCACUUUCUUUUUAAAGCCCUUUCCCUCCCCACUUUUUCAGAGAAACAGUAUUCACAGUUUCGUGGAUUAGCACAUGGAUCCCUAAAAGGUUUUGCUGUUGGUUGUUUAUGUUACACUGUGGCCACAAUUUGGCUCUGCCCCUGCCUGAAACCACCAACAUUCAUGUGACUUGUGACACAGUUGUUCUGACACAGGUAUUUGGGGAAUAGACCACAGUUAUUGAGCAUUUACAAAGACCAGAUUGUUGUAUCUUAAUGUCAAGGAAAUGUGUAGUUUGUGUGACCAUGUGCAGAUUAUAUUUCUUGACUUUUCUUUCUGUUCAUGUAUAAAUUAAGGAAGGAGGUGAAAGAAUAGAACAAUGCACAUAAAUCAAAUAUUUCAUGUACAGCAGCUGCUACACAUGACUGCUGUUCUUAAGUGCUAGUUCAGUGGCAGCUUGCAACACAGUUUUUAUCUGAAACAUCAUUGUUACAACACUUUUAAGUCCUGAGCUCAUGAUAGCUCACUGAGCUGCUUAGCUUUACAAGAACCUGACCAUACCUUCCAAUCCUGAGCCUGGAAGCAUGGGUUGAGUGACUGUCUGCCACUAUAGAAACGGACCUAAGUGCCUCCUACUUCUUUCUUUCUGAACACUAGGAACCAGGAAAGUAGUCUUUCAAAAUAAUAGCACUUUUACAUUUUGUUUACCUGCCUAAUGGCCACUAGCUGUAAACUCUUGUUUUUCUUAUUACCUAGUUUCAUAAGUAUCUACUGUAUUAAAAAAAUUAAAUUUAAAGCAAAAAAAAUUUUAAAAAAAAUUAAAAGCCAAACUACCCAACGUGAAAUUGAAAUUGCAUUACAUAUACACUAACCAGUCAAUUUAUUAGGUAUACCUGUUAAACUGGUCAUUAGCAUAAAUAUUAAAUCAGCCAAUCACAUGACAGCAACCCAGUAUAUUUAGACAUGUAGGCAUGGUCCAAAUGAACUACUAAAGUUCAAACCCAUCAUCAGAAUGGGCGAAAAAUGGGUAAUUAAAGUGACUUUGGACGUGGCAUGGAUGUCAGUGCCAGGUUGGCUGGUAUUUCAGAAACUGAUGCUACUGGGAUUUACUGACAACCAGCCAUAGAGUUACAUCAACAAGGCUGAAACUGCCUUGAGCUGAUAACAAGGCAAUAGGAACUCGAAUAAUCACUCGUUACAACCAAGAAGCAUCUCUAAACGUACAAUAUGUGGGUCCUAAUAGAAGACUGGAAAAAUGUUGCCAUCAGUGCCUGAUGAGUCUUGAAUUCUGCCAUGAGAGUUGGAGGGUAGGGUCAGAAUUUGAUGCUAACAACAUGAACCCAUGGAUCAAACCUACCUUAUGUCAGUUAUUCAGGCUGGUGGUGGUGUGGGAUAUUUUCUUGGCAAGCUUUUGGGCCUUUAAUAAUAUGCCUUCAUUGUCACAAAUUACCUGAGCAUUGUUGUUGACCAUAACUAUGAUCACAGUAUACCCAUCUUUUGGGGUGUGGUGAGACCACAGAUUCACAUUGUGGAUGUAGAACCAAAAAAACUGUACUAACUGUGUCAGCAUGGAUCAGAAUCUCUGAGAAAUGUUUGCGGUACCUUGUUGAUUUUAUGGCACAAAGAAUUAUGGCAGUUUUGAAAUUAGAAACUGGCCCAACUCACUAUUAGCAAGGUGUGCUACGAGACCGUUUACAGAUAACCUUUUGCCAUUUUCCAAAGCUAAAAAAAAAAAUGAAUGAACUGAUAUAUGUGUGAACUGAAAGGAUAAUACUUGAGACACUAGGAUGUAUAUACUGUAAAUCUGUCUGUCUUAAGAUAUUUAUUUUGUUUUCCUAUGUUGGAUUAUUUUUUUUGUUUCUCAAUAUGUUAUUAUAUGAUUAAUUUAAAUCUAAUAGAUCUUUUGAUUUGCUUUCCAGUUGUAAUUUACUCUCACAAGUUGCAUUUAUCUCAUUAGAGACUGGCUAAAAAAAAUCUAGAUUUAAGAAAUGUCAAUUUGUUUUGUGUCAUUUUAUACUAUGCAUCCAUCAAUUCAUCCAUAUUCUUCUUCUUAUCCAAUUCAGGGUUGUGAGGCAUUUCAUAUAACUGAAAUAAAUUAAUAAAAAAUAAUAAGUCAGGAAAACCGAUUAAAACUACAAAGUUACAAAUGCUAAAAAGUCAAUGUUUUAUUGCCCUCUUCAAGUACUGUUCAAGGAUCACAUGUAUUCUUUAAUUUAAAAGAAAUAGUUUGUCAUUCAUUGACCACAGUCAGAAAAUGACAACACUUUCAUCAGUGUGUCUAAUGAUGUGUCGUGCACCUAGUCUCUACACUGUGUUUGAGAUUUUAACUGUUUUGUCCACACUGACCUAAAGAAUUUAAAAUCUAGUCUCACAAGGAAUUCAGUGCAUCAAGUUGUUAACUUCAUAUGCUCUUGGGUCAAUGAGUGAGUACUGGGUUUAGCAUUGCCUUACUGACUCUAUACCUCAGUUUUCAGCGAGCAUCUUGAGAUGCAGGAAUCAGUAUUUUUCUUUCUUUUACUUGAAACAACAAAGGGCAGCAGCAUGCUGUCCAUUAGCUUGAUACAUGAAACCCCUCCUAAGCCAUUAGAAGAGUCAUCUGAAGAGCAAAAUGAAAAGCCUUUGAUUAAUUAUUUAUUGAUAUUUGAAUGUAUCAUCAGUCUACAGUGAAAGACAAACUUCAUUUAUUCCGUCCCUUAUUGUUAAAUGAGACAGAUUUACAAUACUGUGAGUCACUGUCAUCCUGUGCGUGAUGUUUGAGUGUCACGUAUUUGGUGUUGGUUUUUAUAAGAUUUUGUUUCUCAAAAGUGUAUUUAACAGUUCAUCUAAAAUAACUGAACAUAUACCUGGGAUUUGCAUUGAUAUAUAGGUAUAUUGUAUAAACAUUAAACAGGUGCAUCACCUGCAUUGCCAGGGUAGUAUGAAGAAAUCUGAUUCUGUAUCUUUUCUAAUUUUAGAUUAGAGCUGUGUAAUUAAAGAUAUGUGCAUUUCUGAACUGCAGUCCUAAUGCUAGGAUAAAACAUGAUCAAAGUUAUCUUACAGUAGACUUGCUUACCAAGUAUCACCCAUAAUGUGAACUCUUGUUUCUAAGCCAUUCAUUUCAUUUGAGCAAAUUGAUUAUAUUUGCAUUAGUGUCAGUGCUUUAAAUUGUGUCUUUCUCUCACUAUGAGUGUUUGCUUACUCCAAGUCCUCCAGGAAGUAGGUAUUACUUAUAAGGUCUACAAGGUACCUGAGAGGGACGGCUUCAUUAGACCCUCACUCUAUGGGAGUGAAUUACAGAAUUAAAUUUUGUUUUAUUUGUUUUCUACACACAAAAGAAAAUCCAGAUUUUAGAGAAAUUUCAACACAUUUCUAGAAAAAGUCGGUUGCACAGAACUCUAAACAUAAAAUCAAAGAUGUUAACUCUUUCAACAUGAAACACAGCACUCUCUAAACUGAUUCUUUCCAACUAAACAACACAAACAGCUAUUAGAUGAUUAUAUCUAAGAGAGAAUAAAAAACACUGAUCGGAUCAAUUCAAAACCAUCAGAGGUGUUUGACUAUGUCUUGGCUUGGCUUGGCCAUGGUACAUACUUUUUCUUGUUUUGGAAAAGUAUACAUGUUUAUUUUUAUUUUGUCCUUAGAUACCAUUUACAGUUAUCUAGUGCAUUAUAACCUUUGUAAUGGAAAUAAAUGAGAAACAAAACAAACCAAAUCAGUGCACAAAUUUUUAGAAAAAACGUAACAAACAAAACAUUUAUUUGUUACCACAAUACAAAGUUUUCAGAUGACCUGACAAAAAUAAAAGAAUGCCUUCUUCCUCCUAGGCUUUUUUCUUACCUUUCCUCUUCCUUUGUGUUUUCGUUGCUUCAUCUUCUCCCUGUCACUUGAAGCCAGUGCUAUCCUCUGAUACAGGAUCGUUCUUCCGGUUGAGUGGUUCAAAGGAGGAGCAUGAGUGAGACGAAUUAAUAGUCAGAGUGUACUUUGAGGCCAUGUUUCUAGAACAAAAUGCGUUUGUGUUCAGAGAUUUGCAAAACUGUGAUUUAGAUUGUCAUUUGAGUGAGAGCAGCUUGGAGUUAUAAUGAUGAUACAUAAACUUUAUAUUUUUACAAUUUUGUACAUAGUUCCACUUUUUGUUUAUAAGAAGUGGGCAAAAGAUCAUUCAUCUCAAUUUUAUUUUUAUGCUCAAGUCAAAAUUAGGGACCCAACAAGCCAUGUUAGAAGAAACUGAAGAACAGAACCAUAUUCAAUUCAGUUCAGUUCAAUUUUAUUUAUAUAGCUCCAAAUCAGAACAACACUCAUCUCAGAGUGCUUUAUACUGUAAGGUAAAGACCCUACAAUGACAUGGAGAAAACCUUUACAAUUAAACAACAUCCUUGGCAACAGUGGGAAGAAAAAACUAUCUUUUAACAGGAAGAAACCUCCAGCAGAACCAGGCUCAGGGAGGGGCAGCUAUGAGUGGUUAACCUUAUCCUGUUUUCUCAAGAGACCUUCCUAAAUGCUGCAAGCAUGCUAUGUUGAUACAUGCAAGCUUCCUGGAGGACACAAUUGGCUAGCAAAAUACAUCAAAUUGUAUUACAAAACAGAAAUCACCAGAUAAAUGUUUCCUGUAUGAUCAAGCCUUAAGCUUUCACAGACUGACAGUCUUGGUUGUUUCUAAUGAUAUUUGGGUUAAAUUAAAUCUUUUGUCUCUGUUUGCUCUUGAUUUUACAUGUAUUCUUCUUUUUCGUCUAUUGUGUUCUUAUUUAUUCUCUUCCCCUUUCCCACUGUCAUUUUACCAUACACAGUUUCUAAGCUGAAUAUGUAAGAAACAUCAUUACUCUAUUAAGAAUCCAUGUCUUUUCUAAUUGUUGUAUAUCCAUCUCAACACAUAUGUAUGUGAAUCAUUUGACUUAUAAAACUUGUAUAACAUCUUUCUGAAAAGCUUAGACGUGGUGAUUUUUUACGGUGGCUCUGUGUAUCAUUCUGACUCUCAAUUCUCAUUAAAACUGACUUCAAUGA